CCAGCUCAUGUUCUCCGGUCACAGCAGCUCAGUCCUCCAAAGCUGCUGGACCCCAGGGAGAGCUGACCACCGCCUGAGCAACUGAUCAAAUCCACCUCCACAAUGCCGCUGUCAGGAACCCCUGCCCCUAACAAGAAGAGGAAAUCCAGCAAGCUGAUCAUGGAACUCACUGGAGGUGGACACGAGAGCUCAGGCCUGAAUCUGGGUAAGAAGAUCAGUGUCCCACGGGAUGUAAUGUUGGAGGAGCUGUCGCUGCUCACCAACCGGGGCUCCAAGAUGUUCAAACUGCGGCAGAUGCGGGUGGAGAAAUUUAUCUAUGAGAACCAUCCUGACGUUUUCUCUGACAGCUCAAUGGAUCAUUUUCAGAAAUUCCUUCCCACAGUGGGAGGACAGCUGGGCACAGCUGGUCAGGGAGUCUCCUACACCAAGGGCAGAGGUGGAGGCCAGGCAGGGGGCAGUGGCUCCGCUGGACAGUAUGGCUCUGACCACCAGCACCAUCAUGGCUCUGGGUCUGGAGCUGGAGGUGCAGGUGGUCCUGGGGGUCAGGCUGGCAAAGGAGGAGCUGCUGGUGCAGGAGGGGUUGGCGAGACAGGAUCAGGAGACCAGACAAGUGGAGAUGGAAAACAUAUCACUGUGUUCAAGACUUAUAUUUCCCCAUGGGAACGAGCCAUGGGGGUUGACCCCCAGCAAAAAGUGGAACUUGGCAUUGACCUGCUGGCCUAUGGAGCCAAAGCUGAACUUCCCAAAUAUAAGUCCUUCAACAGGACGGCAAUGCCCUACGGUGGAUAUGAGAAGGCCUCCAAACGCAUGACCUUCCAGAUGCCCAAGUUUGACCUGGGUCCCCUGCUGAGUGAACCUCUGGUCCUCUACAACCAGAACCUUUCCAACAGGCCUUCGUUCAAUAGAACCCCUAUUCCCUGGCUGAGUUCUGGAGAGCACGCAGACUACCAUGUGGAUAUUGGCAUCCCCUUGGAUGGAGAAACAGAGGAGCUGUGAUGUGCUUCCUCCUCUAAUUUGCAACAAGUUUCCCCUCUCUGGUUCUAGUUUGGAGAGGGCAUGCUGAGCAGGAUACUUCCACUGUUAAUUCAGUGUCCUUGUGGGAAUGGAGGGAAAAAAGGGGGAGAUCUGACUUUCUAUCUUUCACUGCCAGUCCCUACUCCAGGCAUCGCUCCUCACCAACUCAGAGCUCCCCUUCCACUUGCUUCACAGGGAACCUGCUCUUUUAUGGAAUUCGCUCUGCCACCAGUAACAAAUAAUAAAUUUCAAGGAAAUGAA